AAGAGAAAACCUAAGUAAUCAUGGCUAAAUACACUGGCUUCGUUGCUCUCCUUUUCUGUCUUCUCCUUGUUGCUGCUACUGAAAUGCAAAUGGCAGAAGGAAAAUACUGUUGGAACAAAAGUCACAAAUGGAAUGGGCCUUGCCAUUAUUCUUACAAAUGUAGCCAGCACUGCAAACACUGGUUUGGAGCUGAAUAUGGUAUUUGUAAAAAGUACCAAUGGGGACACAAACAUCAUCAUGAUUGGGCAAAUUAUGCUUGCUAUUGCUACUCUCCUUGCCAUUAACCAAAAGCAACUUUAGUGCGUCAACUAUUGGCUCGUACUGCUAUGUAUAUAAAUAAGAAGCUGACUCUGGAAAUGCAGAGUACUAAAUACUGCAUAAAGAAGCAGUUAGUGUGAUUUCAUUGU